AUGUAUCGGCCAACACUAUCAAUUCAGAGCCUCCCGGCUUGGGCUCACCUCAACGAUGUCUCAUUCCACAAUAUCAAGGUCAUCAAUACUGAGGAUAAGGGGUAUGGUGUCGUCAGCGAUGAAGACCUAAAAGCUACGAGUCAGGCAAACGAUACCUCAGCUUUAAUUACCGUGCCACACGGGCUGGUCUUGAACGCCGCGGCUGUGGAGGAGUACGCUAAGGAGGAUAAAGGCUUCAGACUGCUCCUCGAUGCUAUCGGCCAUCGCUCUACACGUGCCGAUGUGCUACUGUUCCUCCUCGUCCAAAUGGUGCUUGGUUCCCGACCUAGCCAUGCCAACGUCGGGUUAUCAAACCCUUGGACCGAGUAUCUUAAGUUCCUACCAGAGACGGUCCUGGUACCUACGCUAUGGACCGAGGAUGAGAGGCUAUUACUCCGAGGCACCUCUCUUGAAGCUGCCGUCGAUGCCAAGAUAUCAGCCCUCGAUGCCGAGUUUGACCUCGUCAGGGAGAAGUCUUCUGACAUCAUCGCCUGGAACGACCUGCUCUGGAUGGAGGGCGUCCCGGUCUCGUUUACGGAUUGGAUCCGCCUCGACGCGCUGUACCGCUCCCGAUGCUUGGAGCUGCCGACAUCCGGCGAGUCCAUGGUCCCCUGCAUCGACAUGAUCAACCACUCGGCGACCCCCUCUGCUUAUUACGACGAGAACACUAAGGACGAGGUGGUCCUCCUCCCCCGGCCUGGAGUCGGCAUUUCAAAGGACGACGAAAUUACCAUCAGCUACGGGGACGCCAAGUCCGCCGCAGAGAUGCUCUUCAGCUACGGCUUCAUCGACCCGGCCUCGUCAGCUGAGAGCCUAGUCCUGCCCCUGAACCCAUUCCCUGACGACCCGCUUGCCAAGGCGAAGCUUGUCGCCUUCGGCGAGGCGCCCAAAAUCCACGUGGCACGGCAGGGGAGGGACAAAGCAAAAGAAGCAGAGGAAGAAGGCGGCAACAGCAACUCCGCGAAAGGCCCCGUCGGGUGGACGAGCCCCUUCGCGCACCUGAUGUGCGUCAACGAGGAGGAUGGUCUCGAGUUCCGCGUGCUGCAGCAGACGGACGGGGCGCGGCAGCUGCGCGUGUUCUGGCAGGAGGAGGAUGUCACGGAUCGGACGGGCGAUUUCGAGGCGCUAGUCCGGACACACCCGCUCGCCGCCGUGCUGAGGCUGCGGGUGGUGACCGUCGUCCAGGGGGCCCUGCAGGCGCAACUCGAGCGGUUGGUGUCGAGCACCGUUCCUGAUGCGGCCGUUGCUGCUGCUGCUACUGGUGGUGCUGCUGAUCCCGCUGUCCAGCAGCGGAGGGAGGAUUGCGUCAGGACGGCGACGGUCCUGCGCGAGAUCGAGACGAAGAUUCUCGAAGACGCGAUCGAAGGUCUCGAGGGCGAGAAAAAUGCGCUGCUGGCUGACGAAAACGUGGUGGCUUAUCUCGGACUGACGGAAGCUACCGAAUCGGGCCUGGCGGGCGACGAGGCGUCCAAUGAGCCCGACGAUUUCAGUUGA